AGUCGUAUAUGCAUUUAAUGACAACAUGGCAGAAAAUAACGAAAACAAAGUUUGACAGUUCCAACGAAACCUAAAUACAGGAUUAUUUCAAUGAAACACCACAUUUAUUUUAAGCUGUGUUAACGUGUAUUAGUGCAAAAUAAUGUCUUCCAGUGGUGUUAUAACCUACAUUUUAAUAACGGCGACAAUAAUAAUUAUUUUAUCUGAGCCAGGUAACGGAAUGGAUGCUUCAACAAAACUAAAAUUAAAAGAAAAGGUGGUUGAGAUGUUUAACCAUGCUUAUGGGUCAUAUAUGAAAAAUGCGUUCCCUGCUGAUGAAUUGAUGCCUCUGAGUUGCAAGGGCCGCUACAGGGGGUCAGAGGUGAAUAGAGGGGAUAUUGAUGACUCCCUAGGAAAUUUUUCUCUGACGUUAAUCGACAGUCUUGAUACUAUAGCAUUACUUGGAGACAUAAAUGAGUUUGACAAAGCAGUGAAGCUUGUAAUAUCCCAUUCAAAGUUUGAUACAAAUGUGGUUGUAUCCGUGUUUGAAACCAACAUUCGAGUUCUUGGAGGGUUGCUUGGAGGCCAUGUUCUAGCUAUAUACCUACGGAAACGUAAGCUCGGUAUGGAGUGGUACAAAGACGAACUUCUAGGGAUGGCAAAGGAUAUCGGCACACGUCUUCUACCAGCGUUCAACACCACCACUGGCAUUCCUUACCCACGGAUAAACUUAAAACACGGUAUAGAGCCUAAUAUAGCCCAGAACUAUCGCGACACGUGCACAGCCUGUGCUGGGACCAUGAUCCUUGAGUUUGCAGCUCUGAGCAGGCUUACAGGCGACCCAGUGUUUGAGGAGAAGGCCCACAGGGCCAUGGACUACCUGUGGAACCAGAGACAUCGCAGCAGUGACCUGGUCGGCACGGUGAUCAACAUUCACAACGGAGACUGGAUACGCAGAGAGAGUGGAGUGGGUGCUGGCAUUGACUCUUACUAUGAAUACGUGCUUAAGGCGUACAUACUGCUUGGCGACGAUACCUACCUAACUAGAUUCAACAAGCACUAUGAUGCAGUGAAAAAGUACAUUAGCCAGGGUCCCCGCUUCAUUGACGUGCACAUGCAUCGGCCCCAGUCUGUAUCCAGGAACUUCAUGGAUGCUUUGCUGGCCUUCUGGCCUGGCCUGCAGGUGCUGAAGGGUGAUAUCCAGCCCGCUAUCGAGGUUCACGAGAUGCUGUAUCAGGUCAUUCAGCGACACAACUUCCUCCCAGAAGCCUUCACUUCAGACUUCCACGUUCACUGGGGCCAUCAUCCACUAAGACCUGAGUUUGUAGAGUCUACUUACUUUCUUUACAAGGCAACAGGUGACUCUCACUAUCUGGACGUGGGUCAGAAGGUCAUAGAGAACCUGGAUGUGCUGGCUCGAGUGCCGUGUGGGUUUGCAGCCAUCAAGGACGUCACCAAGGGAACGCACGAAGAUCAGAUGGAUUCAUAUGUGCUGGCCGAGACGUUCAAGUACCUGUUCCUGCUGUUUGCCGAGAAGGAGGACCUGCUCAUUGACGUGGACGACUACGUGUUCACUACAGAGGCUCACCUCCUGCCUCUCUCCCUCUCGCGAUGUAACAGCUCCAAAACAGCAGAACUUAGGUUGAGUCGAGAGUUGUACCGCCACCUUCAGCAGCUUGAUGAUGAAUCAAGGACAGAGGAUGAGUACGGUGACAGCGACCACAACACCUGCCCCAACCCUCAGGUCAAGUACACCCUCAACUAUGCUCACAAUCUACGGGAAGGCUUGAAAGACAUGAUGCUAAAGUCACCUCGCUUGGCGCCCCAGCAGUGCUCACAAGCCCAGCAGAACAUCCCAACCUUGAGAGCUGUGGAGUUUGUUGCUGGGAACCAGGAACAGCUGGCACAACUUGAGGACAUGGGUAUCAAGCUGAUCACGAUAGCGGACGGGCGUCUACAGCUGCUCCACACAGCCACGGACGCUCUAUCAACGGCCCACGCACAGCAGGGCCUGAGGUUCAUGCAGGAAAUGAUAGAGCUACAGAAGAAUCUGCCUAAAGAUAAUAGCAAACAGAACGAGCCGGUAUCCAUUAAGGUGCUGACAACUCCUCAUGAAAAAAUGGUGUAUCGCGGGGGCCCAGCACUGUUUGGUUAUGAUCUCUCAAAGCGACCGAGCGUGCAGGGCAAGCUGGUGGUAGGGGACCCCUAUAAGAUGUGCACGAGCGAUAUCCCAAACAAGGAACGACUGAAGGGCAGAAUUGCUAUCGUUGAGAGAGGGGACUGUAUGUUUGUGGACAAGGCCAGGCAGUUACAAGGAGCAGGCGCUAUAGGCGCACUUGUUAUAGACCACAACGUGGGCACCUCCGUGAACACCCACCCGCUGUUUGCGCUGUCCGGUGAUGGGCGAGAUGACGUGUACAUCCCCAUGGUCUUCCUGUUUCACAACGAAGGGCAGCAUCUGCGCACGCUGCUGGCUACCAACCCAGACCUGGAGGUCUCCAUUCUCUCCAAGACAGAGUCCACAGGACAAACAGUCAGUGAUACCCAACAGGCUGAAUCAUCUCAUACAGUAAAAGAGGAUGGUACAGGGUCACAUGACUCUUUGUCCGGCCAAUCAGAAGCAAGAUCUGAGUCACAUGAGCAGGAUCCCACCCAAUCAAAUGCAAAUCCUCCAUCACUGGGUCAGGAAUCCAGCCAAUCAGCAUCAUUGACUGACCAAGAGUUCAAAUUUGAAACCAGCAAUCUUCGAAUGGAAGUUAAAACAAACUUUGAUAAACAUUCCCAGAGUUCUUCACUUGAUGAAAAUCAAGAUGUUAUUCAAAUAUAUACUGAUGAAAAUGGUGUAAACCAGAUAUUCUUCCGUUUUGAUAAACUUAAAGGUGGAACUGAUGGUACACCAGUGUUGGAAGAAAUUUAUGAAGAAUUACGGAAUAUUUUAUUUAAGAAAACUAAUUUUAGAUUAUUAGAACGACAGAGUAGUUACCUUAAUGCUAUUGUUCGCCUAUUAUCCUCUGCAUAUUUUGGUAAUGGUAAAGUAGAUAAAAACACUGAGUAUUUAUUUGCUGAACUAGCUAAGGAAUUGAAACUUGUUGAACUUGACUCUUCUGUGGAGACUGACCAAUCAGAGCAGUUGUUACAGAACAAAGACCAAUCAGAUUCAAGUUCACAACAAGAAAAUCUCCUAUCAGUGGAAGGUGCAGUUAAUGCAGAAAAACAAGGGUCUUCCUUGUAUUCCAAUAGAGAUGACCAAAGUGGUUUAAAUAGAGAGUUUGUGACCAUAAAAUAUUCAGGUUCAUUAGGCAAUAAUGAGGCAAAGGCAAUAACUGUUGAUAAAGUGGGAAUCAGAAUAACAACAACUGAUAAAAAUAGUCAGCCUGAUGACAGUCAAUCCAUUAAUGAUGUAAGUACUGUAAAAUUUGAUGAGAUUAAACAUUCAUUUGCAAGUAUUGAAGAUUUAGAACCUGACACAUCUAAUUCAGGGAUACGUAAAUCUAGUCUACAUUCGAUCGAAACUCAGGUCAUAGACAAAGAUGCCUCACCCGAUAAAAUUGACUGGCAAGACAUAGAAAACAGAGUGAAAAUGAAUGAAGAAUUAGUGAAUGGGUUGAAAAAGUUUAUCGAAGGUAUUGUAGAAAUCCAAGAUGUGAAUGCAAAUCCAGAACCCUCAGAACAAACCGCAGAGAUCCCCUUGGAACAAUUGUCUCCCCACUCCCGGGAAUACCAGGAACGAAAGUACAAAGUAAAACCAAAGUUUGAGAAAACCGUUCGCAACUUGAAGAAAAAUGAAAGGCCAAAUCAUCCGCCCCAUGAUGAACACUAGCGUUUCCCUGUGCUAAUCUCUGUGUAUUUAUUCCUGACAAUCAUCUGUCCAUUGCUUUUUUCAGGGGCAGGGGGUCAUAGGGAGGGGAAAUUGAUCUGUUGCAAUUUAAGCUAUAAGGAUAAUUAAGCAGUUCAAGAAUACUGUAAGAUUUAUUAGCAUAAUACUUGAUGCCAAAGUGAAAAAUGCACUAAGUUAAAAGUUGAAAUCCGAAAACAAUGUUGGUUCACUUUAUGGUUCUAUGCCAUCACUUUUAAUAUUGUCCCUUAACUUAUUAAAAUACAAUUUUAGAGAUUUGUUAGAUGGGUUUGUUAUUGAAACAUAAAAGACCAAAUGCAGCCCAAGGAAAUCACUUGAAAUUUCUGCAGACAUCUUAACAAUAGCAGUGUUGCACUACAUGGCUCAGUAGACUGUCAUGUGAAGGAUAUGUGUAAUCACACUGUCAUGUUUUUAUUAUUCAAUAUCAUGCUUUUGUUUCAAUAUUAUGAUACAUGUACCUGUGGGAAAAGGAAUUUAAUGCUAAAUAUCACAGCCUAGGUGGGAAAUGACUAUCAGAUUUUCAGUUCAUUGGAAUUUCGUAUGUAUAAAUGCCCACCGUUAUGCGAAUACGGGUCUUAUAAACACCCACGUUAUGCAUACAUGGGUUUUAUGCAGUAUGGGGCCAGCGUUGCUCCAGACCAGCCUGCAUAUUUGCGCAGUCUGACUUGCAGCUACACUGACAACUUCGAAGGCAGGCAAGGUUUUGUGGUUACGUUAGUGGACAUUUUAGCCCCUGACCUCAUAAGGUCAUCCUGAUCUCAUAAGGUCAGGAAAUACGCUGUCAACAUUUAACAGAGUAUGGAUAUGGUUUAUAUAAAAGUGUCAUUAAACUUAUCGGUAAUGGUUAAGGUGAAUAGAUCCACAUUUGCCAAUUGCUAUUAUAAUUUCAGUCAUUUAAGCUAAUAUCAUUUAAUAAGCCUUUGGAACAUGGGUCCUCACUGGAAACACUGUUGUGAUGUUUGUUUUGUUGAUAUUUAUAUUUUAACUGAUUAAUUACAGUUUAAGAGUGAACAAUAUAAAUGUUCAUUUGUAACUUAUUUUGGCCAGUUUAUUUUCUAUUUCUGAGGUCAGCAAAUGAUGUUGAUUUUGUGGUUUAAUAUAAAUAAAUUUACACUUGAAUAUUAACCAGGAAUCUUUUUCUACACAUGUUUUCUACAUGUACAUGUAUUAUAAGUGCUCAGAAAUAGCUAGUUCAUUACUGUUAAGUUAAUCAUUUAUUAAGCAAAGAAAAGUGUAUUUGUUUUAAUUAUGAUACAGUAUAAUAAAAAUAAUAAAUAAAUCUAUCUAUGGUCAAAUCAUAAGCUGAAAACUUAUUUGCCCCAAACAUAGCUCUGAAUCCUUUACCACUUAUGAUACGUAUUUGCCCCAAACAUAGCUCUGAAUCCUUUACCACUUAUGAUACGUAUUUGUCCCAAACAUAGCUCUGAAUCCUUUACCACUUAUGAUACGUAUUUGCCCCAAACAUAGCUCUGAAUCCUUUACCACUUAUGAUACGUAUUUGCCCCAAACAUAGCUCUGAAUCCUUUACCACUUAUGAUACGUAUUUGCCCCAAACAUAGCUCUGAAUCCUUUACCACUUAUGAUACGUAUUUGCCCCAAACAUAGCUCUGAAUCCUUUACCACUUAUGAUACGUAUUUGCCCCAAACAUAGCUCUGAAUCCUUUACCACUUAUGAUACGUAUUUGCCCCAAACAUAGCUCUGAACCCUUUACCACUUAUGAUACGUAUUUGCCCCAAACAUAGCUCUGAACCCUUUACCACUUAUGAUACGUAUUUGCCCCAAACAUAGCUCUGAACCCUUUACCACUUAUGAUACGUAUUUUGAAGCAUUUGUAGUCCCUUACAAGUUAAAUUUAAUAAAAAACCUUUUUACUAGAUUCAAGUUUUAAAGGCUUCAUUUCUAAUCCUGAUGAGCAGCAAACCUGAACAGACUGCGAGUUACUUGCAUGCUGUUCUGGUUUCAUGCUAUUUGCAAUUUGCUAUUUUCAAUGUGCCUCUGAGUGGAAAAGGGUUAACUUAAUUGAUUUUAACAGUAAAAUCACACAUUACUUAUGUUAGGUGUUUGUUUUUUCAAAAAGAAAUAGACAUCCACAAAAAACAUGGCUACUCGCCAUGAAAAAAUUGCAUUUAAUUCAUUUCAUCCUGUGAGAAUAUGAGUCGUGUUCGGAUAAAACUGAGCAUAAUGCAUGUGCGUAAAUUGUCGUCCCAGAUUAGCCUGUGCAGUCUGCACAGGCUAAUCAGGGACGACACUAAACGCUUUUAUGACAUUUUUCGUUUAAAUAAAGUCUCUGACUUGCAAACAUCAAAAAAACGGGGAAAGUGUCGUUCCUGAUUAGCCUGUGCAGAUUGCACAGGCUAAUCUGGGACGACACUUUACGCACAUGCAUUAUGCCCAGUUUUCUCAGAACACAACUCAUUUUUUCCGUCACAUGUUUAAAGGUUGUGAUGGUGCACAUUUUAUGCACAUUUCAUGGGAAAGGAAUUUGUUACGUCUUCGAAGAAAUGAACAUUAUGCAAAUGUAAAGUGCUGUUUGAAUCUGUCGCCUGUAUUAAUGGGACUUGUUCACAGAUUUCACUUCAUUUUGAAGUUUUCAAUACUGAAGCUUGUCAUUUCAAAACAUAGGGAUUUAACUCUUUCAGUGCUGGAACGGAAUUUUGACGACCUUAGCAAACAGUUUGGAUCCUGAUGAGAUGCCACAAAACGUGGCUUCUCAACAGGAUCCAAACUGUUUGCUAUUCUGAUAGUAUUCUUUGAAAGAAAUCGAAGAAAAUGCUAAUUAAAUUUUAGAAAUUCAGCAGACCACAUUUUAGCAGACGACAAAUUUCCCAGCAUGCAAAGGGUUAAAUGUUCAUGUAGAUUCCUCUAGUAUUCGGACAUGAGACCAUUGGAUAAAAAGCCUAAUGCCCUAACCAUUUCAUUAUUCUGGCUUGUAUCUACAGUUUUUACUUAAUUAGACAAUGCACUUGUUGCCAACAAAUUCCAUGUUAACACAAUACACUUCAAAUGAUUGAUUAUUUCUCAGUUUAAUAAUUUUCUCUAUUUCAACUAAUCAUCACUUCUGAAGCAAAAUUAAUUUAAAUGAUAUUUCAAUGUCAAUUUUGUUAUUUAGCUACUCUUUAAACAAUAUUCUUUUAUUGUUUGAAUCUGUGUCACAAAAAAAAGGCAAUUCAUUUAAUCUGUGAACAAGUCCCUUGAGUAACUUUGUUUCUCCAUUGCAUAUUAAGAAUAGAGAUUACUGCUUUUGGCCGCAUAUAAUUUUACAAAGCAUCAUAUGAUGUAUUAUUUUUAUGACAUUUCCUUAAAGUAGAAUUUGUUUGUGUCUAUUACUAUGUAUUUUUUUUUAACUAAAACGAAAUUCUUAUGCACAUUUUAUUUAACCCUUUCAGUGCUGGAACCGAAUUUUGAAGGCCUUUGCAACCAGUUUGGAUCCAGAUGAGACGCCACAGAAGGUGGCGUCUCAUCAGGAUCAAAACUGUUUGCUAUUCUGAUAAUAUUCUUUGAAAAAAAUCGAAGAAAAUGCUAAUUUUAGAAAUUAAGCAGACAAAAUUUUAGCAGACGAAAAAUUUCCCAGCAUGCAAAGGGUUAAGGAAUAUUGACCAUCAUGUGAAUCAGACUUAUUUUAUUUAAAAAAAAAAAAAACAAUUAAAUUUUUUUCUGAAGUGAACAUAUGUAUGAGCUUGAAAAUGCUUUAGAAUAUAAGCUCUGGUGAAAAUCUUGUUUGGUCAAAGUAUGUUACAGGAAAAUAUUUAAUUUUAUUUUUGGGUUUGAGCAUGAUAGUCGUGUAUGCCAAUGAAAGAUCGAGCCUAUUCAAUAUGUGAAGGCUCAAGUAUGGUUAUUUGUACUUGUGUAUAUGUUGUUAAUUUGUCUAUCCGUCUAGUAAAUGUAUGUAUUGUUUAUAAUUGCAUCAAGGUUUUUUUAUUUAGUUGAAGACUUCAUUGUUGAAAAUGCUGUGUAGUAUUUACAUUUAUGCAUAUUAAUGUCUUGUUACAAUUGUAUCAUCAAUUUGUGUGUAUAAUAUAUUUGGCAAAAGCAUAA